AUGUCGAACGAGCUGCAGCAGCUGUACGAGGAGGAGGACGUCGAGGGCCUCAGGCGCGCCCUCGCGGAGGCGAGCAGCCAGGCGCAGAAAGGGAGCAAGACCAUCGCAGACUUCUCGCAGAAACUCGCGCGCGCGGAGUCGCGGCAGGCCAGCCGCCGCGAGCUCCAGGAGGCGCACCGCGCGGGGGAGGCCCGGCGGCUGGCCGCCGCGCUGCAGGCGGCCGAGGACGCGGGCAUCGCAGAGGCUGAGCUGGGCCCCGCGCGCCAGGCGUUGCUGCAGGCCCGCGAGCGGGAGCAGGAUGCCGCGACGCGGAACCGCGCCGCCGAGGAGCUCCGCCGCGCCGUCUCCAGCGACGACGCGGGCAGGGUCGAGAAGGCCCUGGCGGCCGCGGAGGCAGCAGGCCUCGGGGGCCCCGAGGCGGCCCACGCGCGCGAGCGGCUCCGCCAGAUGCGCGGCCGCACCGGCGCCGAGCGCGAGUUGAGCGAGGCGACUAGCUCUGGCGACGUCUACCGCAUCCGCGCCGCCCUGGCGACGGCACGCCAGUCUGGCGUGGGCGAGAAGGAGAUGAGGCAGGCGCAGGGUGAGCUGCAGAGGCUGAAGGACCAGGCGCACGCCAGGCGCGGGCUCGAGGCCGCGGUCGCGAGCGCGGACGCCGAGUUCCUGCGCCGCUGCAUCGAGGAGGCCAAGCGGGUGGGCAUCUCCAGGCAGGAGAUCGCCAGGGCCGAGACUGCCGCCCGGGAGUUGUGCCAGACGCAGGUCGGCAGCGAGCUGUCCCAAGCGGUGGCCUCCGGCAGCCUGGAACGCCUGCGGGCGGCGGCGCGCGCGGCGGCGGACGCGGGCGUCAGCGGCGCGGAGGUCGACGCCGCCUGGGAGCGCAUCCGCGAGCUGGAGGCCCACGAUUGGCUCCGGCGGCAGCUGGCCGCCGCGGCGGCCAGCGGCGACGCGGCUCGGCUGCAGGCGGCGAUCAAGCAGGCGGACGCCGGCGGCCUGGGCGCCGCGGAGGUCGCCACCGCGCGCGCGCGGCUCGACGCCUGCCACGCGCAGCUGCACGCCCAGCAGGAGCAGCGCCUGGCGCGGGCUGGCGGAGCGGAGCCAUCGGCGGCCGCGGACAAGGCCGCGCCGACCGUGCCCGGCACCGUCUACGGGGGCGGCGCGCUGGCCGGGGCGCCAACGCCGAUCGCCAACGCGAUGCGGCAGUGCGCCUUGUGGGCGCAGGCCCCCGCGACCGUCCUGCAGCAGCCGCAGCAGCCCAGCUCUGGCGUGGGGCAGCAGCUGCAACCGCACCCGCCGGUGGCGCCGCACCGGGCGCCAAGCAUGGACUCGGUCGUGACCGCGCCGCGCGAGCCGACCGCGGCGCCUGGCGCCGACCGCAGGAGAGCGGUGCGGUGGGCCUGA